GUAUUUGGUACAAUAUUUACCUACAUUUUUAUCAUCUCCACCUGAUCUAUACUUGUCCACACUAUUCAUUCCGAUUCUUUCGAAUAAAUCUACCAGCAAUCAUGGAUGCCACCGCAAGGAGGCAAGAUAUGCCUCCGGAGGGUGGCUACAAGGCCAUCAACUACAAACGCGUACCAGCGAAGACCUACUUCAGCGGUACGACUAUGAUUCUGGGGUACUUUGCUAUGACUGCCGGUGCUGCGUACGUUUAUUAUUUAACGUGCAAAUCAGUGCAGAAGGACGAGAUCGAACGACGAUCUGCCAGUUUUGCCCUGCAGCCACUCCUGAUUGCAGAACGCGAUCGGGAAUAUUUGCGCCAGUUGCGACGUAAUAGGGAUGAAGAGGCAGAUCUUAUGAAGAAUGUGGAGGGCUGGAAGGUAGGUACUUGGUAUGGUGAGCCAAUUUACAAGACCACUGACAAGUUGGUGGAGCCAACCAUGCAAGACUUCUAUGUGCAUGCUAAGAAUAAAGAUCUUACAAAGAGGGCUCAUGUUCCACUUCUGUCAUAAACAACAAAAGUGAAGAAAUAUUUAAACAAACUGUCAUACUGUAGAUAAUUAUAAAACAACUAGAAUAAAUUAAAUCAUGGUGUA